CUUCAUCCUUUUGCUAACCUCACUUGAUCUCUUGCUUUCUCCCUUCCGCCGUCGAAGAUACAUGGAUAAACGGGCAUUGUCCGUCCCCCCUCGCAGCGGCGGCGGCGGCGGCGACAGCAAGCCGAAGACCGCGCUCACUGUCCACAUCAGCGACUUAUAUCAGUUCAUAGAGUCGGUCAUAGGAAAAUUGUCAUAUGAUCACACCAAAGAAGCAAAAUGCAAAGUGGAUGAUCUCCUUGGAAUCGUCAAGAACAUCAUUUCUGUCACAACCCAGCUUGUCGACGCAACCCAGCUCCUCGAUAGGGAAAACGUCCCCAAACGGGAUCUUCCAGAGGCCCCGGACACCAGUAUGCAGGGCGACAUUUCACGGCUGAUCGAGUUCAUCAGCUGUCAGAUGACAUGCCCCAAGGAAUACAAAAAUAUGGAAGAGAAGUGGAACGAGAUAUUCCAGAUGGUAGGAAGCUAUCGAUGGACCACCCAAGUCCUGCUUGUCCUCGCGGCCUUCGCUCUGCAAUACGGCGACUUCUGGUACGCCUCCGAAGCUCCCCCUGAGGACAGAAAUGCCAUGUCCGGUUACCUUUGGAAAGCCCUGAGCCCAUUGAAGAAGAAGGCCAUAUCCGACGGCAACAAGGUGGCGAUAAAACCUCUCAACGAUGUGGUCAAAGACCUCUGUGAGUGGACCACUUCCUUGUUUGAUCUCAUCCAGCUGGUGUAUGAGCACCGUGGGAAGCACCUGCCUGAAUUGGCAAGUGCAUUCCAAUCAAUACCUUGGUGGAGCUGCGAGACCAUCAUCGCCAUUCUGGCUGCAGCGAACAUUUUCGCCCAGAUCAUCAGUGUCAAUACAACGUUUACACAAUCAGAACUGGAGAUUCUCAAGUUGAGCGUCUCAGACAGGAUGAAAGCUCUUCGCCAAAAGGUCGAUGAUUUGAGGAGACUAAUAGGCAGCAUGGAGGAAUAUCAGAAGUACGUGAAAUAUGUCGAAGCUCCUGUGGAUAUUGCAGACUGUCUGAGAUUACUGCUUGAGGACGAUUCCAAACAAAUUCCAUUUGCUCGUGGUCCCAGUAACACGCCGGUUUGCCCUCUGCAGAAUCUCCUUUUUUUGCCUCUUCUUCAAUCUAUUUUCUAGGAAUUCCAUGCAGUGGAAUCGUCAAUUUGAUUGUGUAGGGAAAAAAAAGAAAUGAGUGGAUCUCACUUUGGUCGUAAGAUCUAUUAAGCUUUUACUUUUACUAAAACAAGAAAUAGCAACAACUAGAGGAAGGUGAAAGCUGGAGUUCAUGUAAUGUUGCUUCAACACGCAAGCUUUUGUUUCUCAUUCAUCAUAGAACAGAACAAGUAAAUACGACAUUUGAGCUUUUACAUGAUUCUUCUCUUGAGCUCUAUUUGUUUCGUGAAAAUUUAAAAAUUUUAAAUAAUUUUUCUAGAAAUAUCGUUUGCAUAAUAUGAAAUAAUUGGUCAGUCAUGGACUAUGAAAAUAUAUUUCGUUUAUUUAUAUU